AUGUGUCAUCAGGGGUCCAGAGGAUUCAUUCUCGUCAUCUUCUGCCUCCAGCUGUGGUCCGGGCCUCUGGCUGAAGCCAUUCAUCCGGACUGCGCCAUCAUCUCCCAGCACCUGAGGGCUCGGGAGGUGUGUAGCCAGACGAGGAGGAGCGAGGCGCGGAACCAGACAGACCACAGCGGAUGUAAGACCGAGUGGGACGAGAUCGGAUGCUGGCUGCGAGCUGAAGUCGGGCAGGUGGUCAACGUGUCCUGCUCCGAGGUCUUCCAGCAUUUCUCCAGCAGUCAAGGCUUCGUUUACAGGAACUGCACCGUGGACGGCUGGUCGGACAUGUACCCGCCCUACGAGGAGGCCUGCGCCUUCAGCGACGACAGCGAGCCGGAGUCUGAGACGAGCUACCUCUACACAUUCAGGCAGGUGUACACCGUCGGCUAUGCCACCUCGCUAAUCUCCCUCAUCACGGCCAUAGCGGUGUUCGCAGCCUUCAGGAAGUUCCGCUGCACCAGGAACUACAUCCACAUCAACCUGUUCUCCUCCUUCGUCCUGAGAGCCAGCGCCGUGUUCAUUAAGGACGCCGUGCUGUUCGCUGACGAGACGCUGGACCACUGCUCCAUGUCCACGACAGCGUGCAAGUCAGCGGUGGCGUUCUUCCAGUUCAGCAUCCUGGCCAAUUACUUCUGGCUGCUGGUGGAGGGCAUGUACCUGCAGACCCUGCUGGCCCUCACCUUCGUCUCACAGAGAAAGUACUUCUGGUGGUACAUCCUGAUCGGAUGGGGGCUCCCGUCAACAGUCCUCGUACUCUGGGUUCUGACCAGAUUCUUCUACGAUGACAGAGGCUGCUGGGACGACACAGACAACGUUGGCAUUUGGUGGAUUAUCAAAGGGCCGAUAACAGCCUCUCUGCUGGUGAGUGGAGACGCUUCAGUCAGCGGCUACCUGGUCAGCUCACCUGGUCAGCUCACCUGGUCAGCUCACCUGGUGGUCACUUCCUGCACCAUCAGGCGGCUGGCUAAAUCCACCCUGUUCCUCAUUCCUCUGUUCGGGAUGCACUACACCGUGUUCGCCUUCCUGCCUGAGAACACCGGCGUCACAGCCAGGCUGUACAUCGAGCUGGGACUGGGCUCCUUUCAGGGUUUCGUGGUGGCCCUCCUCUACUGCUUCAUGAACGGGGAGGUCCAAACAGAGCUCCGCCGCUGGCUGUGGAAGUGCCACAAUCAGAACCACCUGACGCCGGCCAAGAGAAGCAUCACUCAGAUCACGAUCCGGAGCCGCGGGGGGCUCGGCCUGCCUCCUUCAAGUGGCAACAUCUCCUCAGUAUGA